AUGGAGAUUCUUGCUGCCACCAGAGGUGCGUCUGGAGCAUCCUCUUCUAACGUUGCCCAACCAAAUGCUGAAUGGAGUUUGGAGAGUUUCCUUCAGCAUCACCCUGCCAAAUUUAGUGGAAAGUGUCUUCCGGACGAAGCUGACCAGUGGCUGAGGGAUAUGGAGAGAAUUUUCAACGCCAAGAGAUGUCCGGAUGAGAAUCGCUUGGCGUAUACAGAGUACUUGUUAACUGGAGAAGCAAGCCACUGGUGGGCGAGCGCCAGAGCCAUUCUAACGGACGCUCAACAGCAGAUUACUUGGGAAGUUUUCAGAAACAAAUUCUAUGAAGAGUACUUCCCUGACAGCGUCCGAUUUGCAAAGGAGGUUGAGUUCUUACAGCUGGUUCAAGGGGGUAUGUCGGUUUCAGAAUACACCAACAAAUUUAAGCACCUUGUCAGAUUCAAUACUAUGGCCACCAGUGAAGAGUGGCAAUGUCGGAAGUUUGAGAACGGCCUGAGGAGUGAUUUGAAAGUUAUGAUUUCAAGUUUAUGCAUACGAACGUUUCCUGCCAUGGUUGAGAGGGCCAAGGUGUUGGAGAAGAACAUGGCGGAAGCUGAACGCCACAAGAAACAACAAACGGUAAGGGGACCGAUUGUGUCAAGGAGUAAUGUCAAUCAGAGGGGAUCUCCUUACGUUCGUCCGUCAACCAACACAAGUGGAUCUCAAGCCUUGGUUCCUGCCGGACAGUCUGGGCAGCAAGGUAACGUUACAUGUUAUAAGUGUGGAGGGCCGCAUUAUCGUUCGUUCUGCCCUCAACUGGUGGGAGGAAAACACUGCAACAGAUGUGGGAGGAAUGGGCACUUGGAGAACGAGUGCAACAUGGGUGUGCGAGCAGUGAUGAGGCCACCAAAUACUGGAAGGAACCAACCAAGAGGUGGUCGAGCCCAAGCAGUGGGACGUGUAUAUGCUAUAACGAGCGCUGAGGCAGCAAGCUCAGGUACACUCAUCACCAGUACCUGCUUUGUUUAUGGAACGCCUUGCUGUGUGUUGUUUGAUUAUGGGGCGACGCACUCCUUCAUCUCGAAGGCGUGUGUUGAAAAACUGGGAAUAGUGGAGAGAGAAAUGCAGUUAGAAUUGGUGGUAUCAACACCAGCGGCUGGAGAGAUUAGGACAUCUACCGUAUGCAUUAGAUGUCCUAUUAUGGUUGAAGGGCAUAGUUAUAAG